UGGGAGCGAGCGGAGCCGCCCUGGCCCGGGACGGGAGCGGAGCGCGGAGCCGGGGGGCGCCGGAGGCCGUUUUGCUGCCUGGGGUGACCUGGAUCCGAGCUGGCCGGGGCAGGUGGGCGGCCGGCGCUGCUGGCUGCCUGCGUGGUCCCCCCCGUCUGAGCCCCCCCACACCAUGGCCAUAGUGCAGACCCGGCCCGUCUCCAUCGAGCCCGCUUCUGAGGCGGCCACCCAGCUCCGCGCCGGCGCCCGCUCGCCCGCCUCUGCCUGCGGCACCAUGGGGAGCGUUAGCAGCCUCAUCUCCGGCCGCCCCUGCCACGAGCGGCCGUGCAAGGCCGCGCCCGGCCCCUUCCGCCAGCAGGACGGGCUGCUCCAGGGGCUGCCCCCCGCCAAGCCCUGCUCUGGCCCGGUGCCCGGGGGCGGCGCCUACGCCAGCGAGGACUUCUGGGCCAAGGCUGUGUCCCCCGUCAGCCCCUGCAGUGACGCCGAGGAGCCGCGGGACGAUCGGGCUCGGAGCGGCAACAUCCAGGGGCCGCCCCCGAGACUGGUCCCCGUCUCCGGGCAGCUGGAGAAGAACGUCGAGAAGACCCUGAUCCGUCCGACGGCUUUCAAGCCGGUCGUGCCCAAGGGCAGGAACUCUUCGCUACCGGGGUACGUGGUGCCGCGGCCCGGGGCGUCGGUGGUCCCCGAGAGCCAGGCCAGCCUCGCCCACCUCCUGGGCGGCACCGCCACGGCCAGCGCCGAGAAGCACCACUCCCUGAGCUGCCGCCACAGCGCCCACUCGGGCACCCUGUCGGACUCGGGGCGCAAUUCCCUCUCCAGCCUGCCCACCUACAGCACGGGCUGCAGCCAGCCGCCGGAGCCGGCCAGCAUCUCCAUGGGCCACCUCAGCCUGGACAGUCACGGCGGCUACCCGGAGCGGGGCUCCCGGGGCCUGGCCGGCCCCUCCAACUCGGACAGCGGGCGCUCCUCCUCCAGCAAGAGCACGGGCUCCCUCAGCGGGCGGGGCCCCCCCUCCUCCGAUGGCGGCUCCUGCGCCCGCUCGCCCGUCGAGGGCGACGAGGCUCUGCUUGUCCGCGAGCUGGAGGAGAAGCUGCGGGAGCGGGAGGCGGAGCUGCAGCACCUGCGCCAGAGCCUGGAUGAGAACGAGGUGGCCAUCUGCCAGGUGUACGAGGAGAAGCAGAAGCGCUGUGAGCAGGAGACGGAGGAGCUGCGCCAGGGCUACGCCUCCCAGGUCAAGCAGGCGGCCCAGAAGGCCCAGCGCACGCAGCAGGUGCUGCAGCUGCAGAUCUUCCAGCUGCAGCAGGAGAAGAAGAAGCUGCAGGAGGACUUUGCCCAGCUGCUGCAGGAGCGCGAGCAGCUGGAGAAGAGGUGCGCCUCCUUCGAGCGCGAGCAGACCGAGCUGGGGCCGCGGCUGGAGGAGACCAAGUGGGAGGUGUGCCAGAAGUUGGGCGAGAUCUCCCUGCUGAAGCAGCAGCUGAAGGAGUCGCAGACGGAGCUGGCGCAGCGGGGCACCGAGAUGCUGCUGCUGCGGGCCCAGCUGCGGGAGGCGCGGGCGGAGCGGCAGGCGGGCGAGGAGCAGGCGCUGGGGCUGCAGGAGGCGGCACGCACCCGGGCGCUGGAGCUGGAGGUGUGCGAGAAAGAGCUGCAGCGCCGGAAGGGCGAGGCCGAGCUGUUGCGGGAGAAGCUGGGCCGGCUGGAGCAGGAGGUGGCGGGGCUGCGGGGGGCGCGGCGCCAGCCCCGCUGCCCGGAGCCGCCCGAGCCCAGCCUGCUGUGGGCCAGCGACGAGGCCAAGGCCCAGCGGCAGGCGGCCGAGACGCUGCAGGGCCUGCGGGCCGAGCUGCUCCAGGAGCGUCGGCGCGGCCAGGAGCAGCGGGCCGCCUUCGAGGCCGAGCGGCUCACCUGGCAGGGUGAGAAGGACCAGGUGAUCGGCUAUCAGAAACAGCUGCAGCAUAACUACAUCCAGAUGUACCGGCGCAACCGGGAGCUGGAGCACCACCUGCACCAGCUCAGCCUGGAGCUGCAGGCCCAGCGGCUGGACGAGUGUGGCCUGCACGGGGCCGAGAUCUGCUUCGAAGAGAUCACCGCCACCGAGAUCUGAGCCGGGCUGUGCCGGCUGCCCCGUGAGCUAGAGGGGGGUUAGCCGGCUGCUUGGGGGGCAGCUGGCAGAGGGGCCCAUGGCUGGUUCAUGGGGGGGAGGGGGAGCUGGGCCUCUGGCUGCUGGGAAGAGCCGAUUAACAGCUGAUCCCUUUAGCGCUCGGGAGGGGAUUAGCAGCACCUGCUUGUAGCCGGCUGGGGGGUGGCAGGAUCAUUUCUCUGCCGUAUGGGCCCUGUCACCCCGCCCGCCGUGCCCCAGAGCCUCUAUCGAGCUGGGAGGAGAUAGCAGGGCUGUGUGGUGGUCUGCAUGGGGUGAAGCCCCCUCCUGUGCCGGGGAGAACGGGUCCCUCCGUGGCUGCCAGGUGGGCUGGCGUGAGCCCCAGGCUUGGUGGCACAGCCCCGCAGCGUGUCGCCUGCCAGCCUGCUGUGAGGUGGGGCUCCCCCAGGGGUGGUCUGCGGUGCCAGCUGUGAGAGCAGCGCCGUGCCCCGAGCAUGCCCCGGGCUGCCCCCCCAGGGGGGCUUGCAGUCCGGGGCUUUGCCCAGUCAGUGCAGGGUCCAGCCCAGGGCUUGGGAUCUCCACGCCCCUCUUGGAAAUCGGCUUCCUUUUGUGGGCCUGCUCCCCGCAGAGGCUGUAUCGGCGGGCAGGGCACAGGGCAAACACCGAGUGGGGGACGCGCCUUGCGGCUGGACUCACCAGGCAGGAGCUAGCGGGCUGCGUGCAGGGCUGCUCUGCCCACGGUGUGCAGCCCCUGUGCCUGGCAUCCCCUGCCCGUGGCCCAUCGGGUUCAGUGGUCCCUCUGCCCGGAGGGAUCCUGCCCAGCCAGGCUGCCCCUCUGCGUUCCAAACACCCGGCUUUGCAGGGUUGCGUUUCUGUGCCAUGCAAAGGUACUCCAUUUUUGUAGGCCCUACAGAAAGGGGUCUGGGCUCCCCGGGUGCAGUAGCAGUUCAUUAGCCGGCGUGAUUCUGCUUCCCAUCCCUUGGCCGGGAGGUCUGCGCACACCCCUGCCCUUUGCCUCCUGUUCCCGUGUGCUGAGCUCUGCCCCUGCCCCUCCAUUGCCAGGGGCCUGCUGCACGGUUUUGCUAGCCAGCCCCAGCCUGGCUUUGCCUUUUGCUUCUGGCCCAGCAGCUGCCUCUGCCCGGCACGUCCCGUCUCCUCCCCCCCCGCCCCCCCCUCCGCUGUGAGCACCUCUGCAUGGGGUGCUGCUCACUGCCCCACCCUUGCCCAGCCCCCACCCCCAUGCCCGCCUGUGGAGAGGCAAGGGCAGCCAUGCUGUGGGCAGGGGCAGGGCUGUGUGGUGCCUGGCUGGCGUGUCCCAGGCUGCCCUGGGACUGGCCCCAUGGGCAAUACAGAGCUAGGCAGGGACUUUGCUGGGCCAGGCCCUGGGCACCAGCUCCCUCCGGGGGGGAAAUGCUCCAGCCCUUCCGGUGGGAGUUUCACAUGCAGGGGACCAUGCAGCAGUAGGAGGCACCCCUCCCGCACGUGUGUGUGUGGGGGGUCCUGUGCUGGGAGAGGCGGGGCGGGGGGGGGGCAAUGGUGAGUGGACCAGAUGCCUGCCAGCCCUUGGCUGAGUCACAUCCUCAGUGGGCCCCUUUCCUUACAUUGGGCUGGGCCCCCAUCCCGCCCGCGGGUGCCAGCCCCCUCCUGGGGCCUGCUCAUACUGUGUGAUACCAAGCCGAGGGCACAGAAAACAGGGGAAGCUGGGGGUGGGGGGGGCCACCUGCCUCGCUGGAGUGUAGCCGAGGGGCUGGGGCAGCUGCUAUGCCCAGCCUGUGCCCCUCUCUGGGAACCGAUGUGCCCAAUCGGGCACUGGCAGCGUCCCCAGCCUGACCAGCCCAUCCCUCCAGCUACAGCCCCCCCCCCGUCCGCCCUGGGGUGCCCGGCUGCCCUGGCACGAAGGGCAGGGUUGGCACUAGACCAAAGGAACAUCUGGGCUGGCUCCAUCCAUUUGUUACCAAUCCUCCCCCCUGCCCCGGGCAGCGCCAGCCAGUGGGUUGGGGUUUUUUUACUUUAUUUCUGACCUUGUCUGGUUCUCAGGCUGUGUAAAUUUCUUGUACAAACCGAGAGGAACGUGCUAAUAAAACCCACCCCUCUGUUUUUAA